AUGGUUGCUUGGGGAAAGCAGCACCUCUGUGUUGGCAGAAUUCAGGGUUUUUUAUUGAAAUUGAGAAUUGCUCUAGCUGUCCUUUUACUUCAUUUGUUCCUGGCUACAGCAGGCAAAGAUCAAGAGGAUUUUCUAGGACGAUACAAAGCUGUCUUUAAGACUGAAUGUGAAGAUCCUUGGAUUCUGUCACCAAGAAUUUCUCUGCUUCCUUUGAAAGAAUUUAUUGUCUGUGUGCACCUAAAGCUAAAGUCCUCAAACAGUCCAUGGACAGCAUAUGUAUAUAAUCAAGAAACACUUAACAGUAAUCUCUCCGCAAAUAAGUAUGAUCUUGGACUUAUGGGAGAUCAUGAUAAAUUGAGAAUAUGGUUAUUUGGAAAUCAAAUAAAUAUGACAGAGAUGCUUCAUGAAAAUACCUGGUAUGAGAUAUGUGUCCAGUGGAAAAGUGAAGAUGAAGAGGUGAAGUUAUUCAUAAAUGGAACAAAAAAAGGAAACAAAAAGAUGGCUGAAAAAAUGAGUCUCCGUGAAAAAGGGCAGUUCUUACUUGGCUGUUCAAAGCUGCCAGGUACAGCUGUAUCACCUAACAUGGGAAUGACUGGGGAGCUGUACAUGUUCAGAAUGUGGGAUAAAGCAAAUAUGAAACAGUCCCAGAACUGCAAAGAUGGCAGUAUAAUAGGCUGGCGAAAGAAGGAUUGGGUCUAUAAGAAGACAAUAGAAGAGGAUAACUCUUUGCCUUGUGAUACAGAAGAAACUACCAGACCUACAGUUGCAUCCACUGAAGGUAGAUGAAAUACUAGCCUAUCCGAAUCCUCUAUUGUUACUUUUAUCACCUAUCCUAUUAAUCCUACAGAUAUGUCUUCAGAAGAAACUGCACAAACUGCAGACACUCUUCAUAUCACUGAUUAUUAUUCCACUAUAACAUCAGGAGAAACCAUUUUAUGCAAUAUAUCAACUGUCUGUAAUUUUUCAGUGUUCUAUGUGGGCAAGGCAAAACUUAAGGCAAGUGAAGAAAGGAGUAACACGUCACUAAGUGUAGAAAUAAUUAAUAACAUAACUACCAGCAAUCACGUUGCAAAAUUAAUUCCAGUUGCAGCAUCUACCUUGCAAGAAGUGAAAAUUUCAGAGUUCAACAAAACCUUGCAAGAAAUAAGUGAGUCCUCUGUUAUGGAAUGCAGAGCAGAAAACCAGAGCAUACAUUGCAAUUUCAUAAUAAAGCUGGCUAAGAAAGAGAAUAUAAGCAGUUUAACAGACAAAACUGAAAUAAGUCAAAUUGAUCGGUGCUGCUGUUCAUCACUGAAGUAUUGUUCACUGACUGCUGAAGAGUUACAAAAGUAUACUAUACAAGUGCCAUCUCAUUCUAUAUGGGCUCCUUUCUCUCUUGCUCCUUUUCCUCCUAAAAGAACUGCUUUUCCUUCCCUCACCUCUAAUACUUUUCUUUCCCCCACUACGCUUUCUACCAAACAAGACCCCCUAAUUAGACCACUGAUCGCACCAUUCACAGAAAUUUCUGCUUCUGGAACUCUCUCCAUAUCUCCCACUACAAGUCCUCUGUCUGAAUCUUCUACCACACCUACCACUGCAACUUCUCUACCUUCUACCAGUGUUACCACUACACUUUCCUCUUCUGAGUCUUUUGCUCAACCUGCCAUGCAAACUUUUUCGUCCACACUUGCAUCAAAAUCUGGUACUAAUGUUGCUCUCUCAAUUAAAUCUGAUGCUAUGUAUCCUAGAAAACCAACCAGAACCGUUUCUCCUGCUGUAGGUUUCACUAAACCUACAACAGUUACCUCUUCUGAGCUUCCCUCUACACCUCCAGUAGCAGUUCCUCCCUCUGAGACUACCACCAGAUCUAUCACACAAAUUCCUCCUACUACGAAUUCUACAAAAUUUAUUGCCAUUAAUAAAAGUCUCACUACAGCACCUAUUCUUCCCUUUACUCCUUUCACAACAUCUUUGAUCCCUGCUGUUAGUCCUGUCAAACAUUCUGUCUCAGCUUCUUCUCAUCCUCAUUCUACUGAUGAUGGCCAUGGUAGCCUGCCUAAUGGAAGCACAGGAAAGACAUUAUCGGCUACCGCAUAUACAACUUCCAUGUAUACCAGCAUCAGUAUCACCACAGCUGAGCAAAUCAUGUCCAAAAUAGAAAAGGAUUUAGCAGCUGGGAAAGUAGAGCCAAAAGAUGUAGAAAGGAUGGUUAGUGAACUCAGCAAAAUCCUGACCGUUUCUCAACCAUUAUCUCGCCAAGUUUCUAACAGAAUAAUAAAACUUGUGGAUUAUAUUGGCUUAAAAUUGAACUUUUCAGCCAAGUCUGCUGAUUUUGCCUCCCCUUCGUUGGCUCUGGCAGUUGUCAAAACCAACAGCAUUCAUUUCAACCAAAUGUCUUUUACUGUCCAGGACUCAUCUAACCUCCAGAUCUCUCUAGGUACUGAAGCAGUUCAUGACUUAAAUAAUCUUGGAUCAAUUACACUUCCUUCAUCAUUGCUGACAAAUUUACCUCCUGAAGAGUUGGACUUCGCUUCUAGAAUAAUAUUCAACUUUUUUAAAAAGACCACUGUUUUCCAGGAUCCCUCCUUGAAGAAUGCAUCUUUAAUCAGCAAUGUUAUAUCAUCAAGUGUUGCUAACCUCACACUUAGCAACUUAAAGGCAAAUGUUACUGUCACUUUACACAAUAUCAAACCCAAUCAGGGUAAUUCAACAGUUCGAUGUGUUUUUUGGGACUUUAAUAGAAAUGGUGGACAUGGGGGCUGGUCAUAUGAAGGCUGCAUAGUUAAAGAAAGUAGAAUAAAUGAAACAGUCUGUUCAUGCAACCACCUCACAAGCUUCGCAGUUUUGAUGAACUUGUAUGGAAAUACUCCUUUAAAUCCUACACAGGAAUUGGUACUGACUUUUAUAUCCUAUAUAGGCUGUGGCCUCUCUGCAAUUUUUCUUUCUAUUACUCUUGUGACCUACAUAGCCUUUGAGAAAAUCCGGAGAGACUACCCUUCCAAAAUCCUUAUUCAACUGUGUGCUGCAUUACUUCUGCUCAACCUGGUUUUCCUCCUUGAUUCAUGGAUUGCUUUGUAUGAUACACGAGGCUUGUGCAUUGCAGUUGCUGUAUUUCUUCACUAUUUCCUGUUGGUUUCCUUCACUUGGAUGGGCCUAGAAGCUUUCCAUAUGUAUCUUGCCCUUGUGAAAGUCUUCAAUACCUAUGUACGGAAAUACAUCCUUAAAUUUUGCAUUGUUGGUUGGGGGGUGCCAGCAGUAGUUGUGGCCAUUGUGUUGGCAGUGUCACCAGAUAAUUAUGGGCUUAUAUCCACUGGAACAUUUUCAAGCAACAGACCGGAUGAAUUCUGCUGGAUUAAAAGUAGAAUAGCCUUCUAUAUUACUGCUGUGGGAUACUUUUGCGUGAUAUUCCUGAUCAAUAUCAGCAUGUUCAUUGUUGUGCUGAUCCAGCUCUGUCGCAUCAAAAAGAAAAAACAGCUUGGCACUCAGAGAAAAACCAGCAUUCAAGACCUCAGGAGUGUUGCUGGUCUUACAUUUUUGUUGGGAAUUACCUGGGGAUUUGCCUUCUUCACAGUAAAUGAGGUAUUUACAUACCUCUUCACCAUUUUCAACACUUUGCAAGGGUUCUUCAUUUUUAUCUUCUAUUGUGUAACAAAGGAAAACGUUCGCAAACAGUGGAGAAGAUAUCUUUGUUGUGGGAAAUUCAGGCUAGCUGAAAACUCUGACUGGAGUAGAACUGCUACUAAUGGUUUAAAGAAGCAGACUGUAAAUCAAGGAGUAUCCAGUUCUUCCAAUUCAUUACAAUCAAACAGUAACUCCACUAAUUCUACAACACUGCUAAUGAACAAUGAUUAUUCAGUGCAUGCAAAUGGCAAUGGCCAUCUCUCCAGUGAGAAGAAUGGUGUUUCAUUCAGUGUACAGAAUGGUGAUGUGUGUCUCCAUGAUUUCUCAGGCAAACAAGUUGUAUUUCAAGAAAAGGAUGAUGCAGGCAGUCAAAAAAGCCGUAUCUCGCUGAGAAGGACUUCAAAGAGGGGAAGCCUAACUUUUAUUGAGAAAAUGUGAUUUCCUUUUAAACAGUACAUUGUUCUACUGUGUGAAGUACAGAUUUACUUUAACAGUUUUACAUAAUGUGAGAAGACCAGAAACUGAUUUUAUUUAAUCUAUGAUACUGGAACUUCAAGGCAGCCAUGUAGUGGAUUGACAAGGACAAUUAUUUAAAAAAAAAAAAAAGCUGCUGUUUAACAAGGUACUUCAGAUUGUCGAAUUAUAGCUGGCACAUUUCCAUUUUGGUUCUUCAUUGGAGUGUUUUGGGGUGUUUUUUUUUAAAUUUAAA